AUGAGAUUCAGCACUGUUCGUCUCAUUUUCGCCCUGAGUGCGGCGAAGAACUGCGAAAUGCACCACGUCGAUGUUAAAAAUGCUUUCUUGAAUGGAGAUCUAGAAGAAGACAUCUAUGUCAAGCCACCAACAGGAAUUGACCAUAAUACCCCUCCUGGCAUGGUCUGGAAGCUGAAUAAAAGCUUAUAUGGACUGAAGCAAGCCCCUCUGUGUUGGAACAAGAAGCUUGUUGACAAGUUGGAAGCUCUAGGUUACAAAGCUGCCAAGAAAGAACCCUGUCUCUUUUACAAGAUUAAUGGCAAAGACUUCAGUAUUAUAGGUCUUUAUGUUGACGACAUCUUAACGGCGUCAAACGUACCGGGAGAAUUCGAGCGGUUUUUCAAGGGCCUAUCUGACUCCGACAGGACAAUAUCUCUGGAUCUGGAACAUUAUAUUGCUGACAUGAUUGAGGUUUUCAAAUUGAGUAAUCAAACAGCUAAGUCGAUACCGUUGCCCAAGAAACAUGGCCUUGAUUUCCCACAGGGCCUCGAUGCUCGUCCAGCUAACCAAUCGCUAUAUCGCAGCAUUCUUGGCAAGCUACAGUUUGCUGCUCAGACGGCUCGUCCAGACAUUGCCUAUGCUACAGGCAAGCUUGCUCAGUAUUCGAGUGACCCUAGAGCCAUUCAUAUGGAUAGAGCUUAUCAUGUUCUGAGCUACCUCAAAGGCACCAAGGACCUGGCAAUUGUCUAUCACAAAAAUGUACCAGGCGCCUCUCCGCGGCUUCUGAGAGGCUGGUCAGAUGCCGAUUGGGCAAACGAUCCUGACAGGAAGUCUAUCUCAGGCUUUGCAUUCUCUCACGGUCCUUCAACCUUCUCUUGGAAGUCGGCCAAACAGAAGCUGACAGCAACUUCCACAACCGAGGCUGAGCUGAUUGCCGCUUUUGUUGAGCAUGCAAUGUUGUCGCAGACUAGUGCAGUUGAUAAUGCACGUGAGUUUGGGUGGGAAACUAUGGUUGAUAACCUAUGUUUAUUUUAG